AUGUCGUCCGCGGGCAAUGACGUCACCAACGCGCCGCAGGCGGAUUGGGACCCACAGGCUGCGCUGGCUCCGCACUUGACAACAACUGCGGACGAAGUCGACUUCGAGGUUGUUGUACCAACGUACAGACGAUGGCGCCCAACACCAGAAGUGGCGCCGAAAAAGCGAUUCAAAGACAUGAAGAGCGCCUUCAUCCUGGAUCACACCCUCAACUUCUUGACGAGGGAAGAAGUUCCCAAGAGCCGUGUAACUCUUUUCGUGGCGAACGAUGCUGAAGCCCAGAGCUACCGUGAGGCUUUGCAGGGAUCAGAAUGGGCAGAUGUACGGAUAGUCGUUUCGGUCCCUGGUAUUCGUGACAGCCGCAAUUUCAUAUACAAAUAUUUUCCUGCAAACACCUAUGUGGUGAGCUUGGAUGAUGACAUGGAAGGGAUACAGUGGAAAGUACGGGAAGGCACCACGGAUUCGACCUGCGUGGAUCUGCCGGCAGGCAACUUUGUGAAGAUUAUCUAUGAUGCGUACAAGCGCAUGAAGGAAGCUGGUGCACAUCUGUGGGGUCUCAGCACCUCACAGAACCCUCGAUCUCUGAGUUUAACAGUGUGCUCCUUGCGCAAUGGUUUGAUCAACGGGUAUUUGCAUGGCUUCAUUUGUCGUCCUGAUGCAGCUUCGGACCUGCUUCGGCGGUUGAGUGACUCCGUGGAGGACGCCGAAUUUUCGGUGCGGCACUUUGCGAAGGAUGGAGCCGUGCUGCGCUACCGCAUGUACGCAGGUCGGACAUCUCCUUUCUGCAAUCAGGGGGGCUUGCAGAGCAAGUUCCAAGAACGGGGCGACGAGGAUGAGCGAUCGGCUGCUGGAAAAGCAACCACACAGGUGAAGUUUAUCUCCAGGGAGAAGAUUCUCUCCAGGGAGAAGAGGGUUCUUCGCCGCGUGCGGCGACUUGGUGGGCUUGGCCGGUUCAUGGUACCAAUUCUGAAGGCCAAGAAGAAGCAGAACCGGAUCAGCAUGCUAACAAGGGCCAAGGCCUUCAUCACGAAGGGGCGGGAGAAGGCAAGAAGAGCAACUCAGGAAGGUGAAGCAGCAGAGCUUGCAGCGAAGUUGAAGAGGAGGAAAAGAACGGCGAUGCGAGCUGAGAAAGCGCUGGCAUGUGACCGCAAGAUCAUCUUCACCAGCGCGCUGGAUCUCCUGGACAAGGACCAGCUGCGCUUCAUGCCCAACACCAAAACUCCUGGCUCAGCAUCGCACCGCCGCUACGCAAAGUAUUCGAAGGCGGGCACUGUGAAGCAGGCAAUUGAUUUGGGAUGGAGGACUGAAGAUCGACGAUUCGAUUUCGCUCAUGGAUUCGCGAAGGUUGUCAACUUAGACACGGAGCCAGCCAGCGGUGAGUGUCUUGUUGAGGAUGAGAAGUUCGAGGUGCCAGCAGUGCCAAAGGGCAGGGCUGUCCCCAUUCGGCUGGCCGAGGUGGUGGACAAAAAUCCCGGUGUACAACUCAGCCGCGUAUGCCUCUGGCCACUGUUGAGCCGCUGCCCUGCAUUCAGCGCGACGGCCAAGGGUAGCUGGUCCAAGCUGGCCGCGAAGGAUGGGCUGCUUGCUGAGGUGACCCUUCCCAUCUUCAGAAUUCUGCUGCAUUGGGGCAACACAAGCCGCCUGGCUUUUGCCCGGGUCCAGGGCGCUGCCCUCAAGGCGGCCUUGCGUCGACUGGGUGCUGAAGCUACAGCCGUGCGUAUUGAGCAACAACUCCAAAAAUCGGCCCUCAAGUUCAGCGCGUCAUCAGAGGGCGGUGUGGCAGUGAGUGCGGCAGAUCGACUUGAAUGCGCCGCCACAAGUGCCGAAGGUCCUCCAGCAUGUGGGAAGGCGGCAACAAAGGCAAAAGCACAAAAGAAGCGACAAAGAGGGAGGGCCAAGAUUGAGGAGCCGCCUGCCAAGGUUCAUGUAGCAAGUCUGCUCCAGGCGGCGUCUUCAAAAGAAGGCAUUACUCUCGCCCAGUCCAGAGAGUCGCAGGAGUCGGAGGUUGCCAAAGUGCAGGAAGAGUUAAGAUCCCAAGGUGAGUCGCAGGAGACAAGAGAAGACACUGCACUCAAGCUGGUUCCGAAGCGGGAUGCGCUGGUGAGUGGUUCUGCCACGCCUAGCACGGCAGCACCAGAGUCCCCGACCGACACCUUGGCUUCAACGUCAACAGAAACUGAGGAGAAGCGUCCGAAGCGUCCGCCCGCAGAAGCGCCGAGCUCAGGCUCGUCCAGCUCGUCCAGUACCAACUCGAGCUUGCCUGCAACUGUGUCGAGCUGUGACUCGCGUGAAUCUGGGAAGCCUUGGACCCCGUGUUCAGUGAAGGAUGGAGUGGUAGCAGUGGUCCUGGGCGGAUCGAUACACCGCCAAAGGAAUUUGAAGUCUCUCUUUGGCUGCAAAAGUUGA